AGCCUGAAGAUGGAUUGGCUGAGAGUCUGCUGGGUGGGGUGCGGUCCGGUGCGGUGGGGACGCGUGAAGAGGCUCUGCGCGUGCUGCAUUCGCUGGUGGCGCGGCUGGGGGAGCACACGGCGGCCAUGACGGUAAGCCUCCGGUGCAUGCGCCGCCUCAGCACAGCUCUACGGGCCACUCUGGCGCGACCACCAGUGGAUGGGGCAGCAGCGGAAGAUGGGGCGGCAGCAGGUGGGGCGACAGCAGGUGGGGCAGCAGCAGGUGGGGCAGCAGCAGGAUCAGAUGUGACGGCGGCAGCAGCAGCAACAGAUGAGGAAAGAGCAGCAGGGCGUUGCAUGGGAGGGGAGGAAAGGGCACCAGGGGGCGGAGGGCCAGGGGAGGCGACACCAGGGGAAGCGACACCAGGGGAGGCGGUGCCAGGGGAGGUAACACCUGGGCAGGGAACACCGGUGAAGGCGUCACCAGGAAACGGGAGGCAGCCACGCGGCAGAAGAGAGUUAGCCGGGAAACGUACAGAGGGGCGCCAGGGGCGCGAGUCCCCAAUCCCUGUGGAAGUAUUCUGCCCUCGACUCGAGUCCCUCACCCUCCAAGUGCUCUACUUCUCCUCCACUCCCCUCCCCAAGUGGCUGCCCCCAACCCUCUCCUCCGAAUCCCCUCUCAUGUACCUCUGCUCCCCCCCACCACCUUCCACUAUUCGUUCAUCCCCCUCCCCCCGCCCCUCCCCCUCCCCCUCCUCCUCUCUCUCCUCCUCUGCCCCUAGCCCGAGCAUCCAGCCACAGUCCUUCGAGUCCAUUGCUCGGGCUGCUGUCUUUGGCAGUCUGAAGCAGCUAACCUUGGUGUGCUGCUUGGGGUUGGAGGAGCAGCAGUGGCUUGACAUGCUACGCGCGUGCGCUAAGCUGGAGGAGUUAAGGGUACAGAACAAUGAUAAGUUCUCAGAUAGGGUUUUGGCCGGGAGCACACUGGAGAGACUCGCUGAUUUUACUGUGUUGGCGUGUGACAAGGUCACUGCGGCUGGCAUUGGGGGGGUUCUUGGGAGCUUUCCGAGGUUGCGGCAUUUGAAGGUGGAGGCGAGUAAGGUUCAGGAUCGAGGUCGACGAGAGCUGCUUCGUGCUGGUGUGGUUAUCAGGGGAAUAGUAGUUCAGUAAAAGGGUCUGACGAGGCAAGCAGAUCGUUGUCAUUGCACCACAGGGUUAUCUUAUGGUGAAGGAAACCAUUCAAUUUCAGU